AUGUCCCGCCGCUCCCCCGGGCUCCAUCUCGGGCUCCUGCUCCAAGCCGCCUGCCUCUGCCUGGCUCAGAUCCGAGGGCCACCAGGAGAGCCCGGCCCGCGGGGCCCCCCCGGCCCCCCAGGAGUGCCCGGAGCGGCCAGGCUCGGUGACAAAGGCUCUGCUGGUGUCCCUGGGUCACCGGGUGUCAAGGGGGAGCCCGGAGUCCCUGGUGCAGACGGGCUCCCAGGGAAGCCAGGCAUUGAUGGCUUGGUAGGGCCAGACCCUUCUGUUUUGACUCCUGGCUCUCCCCUUCUGUCCCGGCAGGGUCAGCCUGGACUCCCAGGGCCACCAGGGCUGCCUGGCCCUUCGCUGCCAGGACCACCUGGCCUUCCAGGUCAGGUUGGGCUUCCUGGAGAGAUCGGAGCGCUGGGACCCAAGGGUGACCCUGGACCUGAUGGCCCACGGGGUCCCCCAGGCCCCCCAGGGAAGCCUGGCCCCCCUGGACACAUCCAAGGACUGGAAGGCAGUGCUGAUUUCUUGUGUCCCACCAGCUGCCCACCAGGUCCCAAGGGUCCCCAGGGACUGCAGGGGCUGAAGGGACACAGAGGCCGCCCUGGUGCCCUGGGGGAGCCCGGCAGGCAGGGCAGGCAGGGCUCCAAGGGUGACACUGGAGUCUCUGGAGAACAAGGUGUCCCAGGCCCUCCGGGACCUCAGGGCCUGAGGGGUUAUCCUGGGAUGAUGGGACCCAAGGGUGAGACAGGUCCUGCUGGUUACAAAGGGAUGGUUGGGACCAUCGGAGCAGCGGGGCGGCCGGGCAGAGAAGGCCCCAAAGGACCACCUGGGGACCCUGGUGAGAAGGGAGAUCUGGGUGGCCGGGGCAUCAGGGGCCCCCAAGGAGACAUUGGCCCCAAGGGGGAGAAUGGUCUCCCAGGCAUCGAUGGCAAGGAUGGCACCCCAGGGAUCCCAGGCCUGAAGGGCAGUGUGGGGCAGGCUGGCCACCCAGGGCCACCAGGACACCGGGGACAAGCUGGCUUGCCAGGCCAGCCAGGAAGCAAAGGUGGCCCAGGAGAUAAGGGUGAAGCAGGUGCUCGAGGCCAGCCCGGGGUCACAGGUAGCCCAGGGCAGCUUGGUGAACCAGGACCUCGGGGUGAGCAGGGACCACAGGGUGUCCCCGGGAUGAAGGGUGACCGGGGUGAGCGUGGCCCCGUGGGCCCCCCUGGUGAGCAGGGGAAAGUGGGGCCCAAGGGUGAGCAGGGUCCACCAGGGAUCCCAGGACCCCAAGGUUUGCCAGGAGUCAAAGGAGACAAGGGUUUCCCAGGGAAAACUGGCCCCAAAGGUGGUAUUGGAGACCCAGGUGUUCAUGGCCUUGCAGGGCUGAAGGGAGAGAAGGGUGAAUCGGGAGAGCCGGGGCCGAAGGGGCAGCAAGGCAUCCAUGGUGAGCUGGGCUUCCCCGGCCCCUCAGGGGAUGCAGGAGCACCCGGAGUCCGAGGAUACCCGGGCCCCCCCGGCCCGCGGGGCCUGGUCGGGGAGCGGGGAGUGCCGGGGCUGCCGGGCCCGCGCGGCGCCGCGGGCCGGGAUGCUGGGGACCAGCACAUCGUUGAUGUGGUCAUGAAGAUGCUGCAAGAGCAGCUGGCAGAGGUGGCAGUCAGCGCCAAGAGAGCUGCCCUAGGUGGAGUUGGUGCCAUGGGACCCCCUGGACCCCCUGGUCCCCCAGGGCCACCCGGUGAGCAGGGCCCACAUGGACCUAUGGGACCUCGAGGUGUCCCUGGCAUCCUGGGCGCUGCUGGGCAGAUCGGCAACAUAGGACCUAAAGGGAAGCGAGGCGAGAAGGGUGAGCGGGGAGAAGCUGGUCGUGGCCACCCAGGCAUGCCGGGCCCCCCAGGGAUCCCAGGUCUCCCCGGCAUUCCAGGCCAGGCACAGGAUGGCAAGGCUGGGGAGGGGGGCGUGCCGGGCUCCCCGGGCCAGGCGGGUCGGCCGGGGCUGCCCGGUCCCGGGGGGCUGCCGGGGUUCUGUGACCCCGCUGCCCGCCCGGCGGGCUUCACCACAGAGACCAGAAAACUGCAAAGCCGGACGGGAGCGACUUCUGCCCAACCCGCCCGCUGGGGAAACAGCCUCGGGAACUGGCGUUUGGUGCAGGCAUCACCCCCUGCCCACAGCCCCCGGGGGGGGAGAGGGUAA